AAGCCCGGUCCCAAACAUGGAGGCGGCCGUGUUCAUUCUGUCCCUGGUGGACUGCUGUGCGCUCAUUUUCCUCGCAGUUUAUUUCAUCAUAACUUUGUCGGAUCUCGAAUGUGAUUAUAUCAAUGCAAGAGCCUGCUGCUCCAAACUCAACAAAUGGGUGAUCCCAGAGAUGAUCGGCCAGUGUCUCUCCACGAUGCUGAUGCUCGUGUCUCUGCACUGGUUCAUUUUUCUGCUCAACUUCCCUGUCGCCGUCUGGAAUAUUUACAGGUACGUGAAGGUGCCGCUGGGGAAUAUGGGAGUUUUUGACCCGACUGAGAUCCACAACCGCGGACAGCUCAAGUCUCACAUGAAGGAAGCCAUGAUCAAACUGGGCUACCAUCUGCUCUGCUUCUUCAUCUACUUGUACAGCAUGAUUCUCGCGCUCAUCAACGACUGAGGAUCCAAACGCCAAAUCAAAUCAGGUUCAAACGCCUGGGUUCUUUUUCUCUCAAACUGCAGCCUGUGAACGGCUGAGCUGAAGAGACUCAUG